CCCCACGCGAGACCUCCGGGGAAGGAAUCAAAGGCUCCACCGCAGCUUCCCAGGGCAUGGAUUUAUCCCUCCGGGCCCUCAGCUUGCCGUGGCGGAUGGAGGGAACGGGGAUCCCUCGGGAAAAUCCGAGGAAGUUUUUUGGUAGGAUCUGUGGCGGUUUUGGGAACAGUCUGUCUCUCCACCACCCCCAUCCUCUCCAGGACAAUCCUGUGAGCAGGACCAGGCGUUGAGCCGGAGCUGCUGCUGGAGGAGCAGCCUCCGUCCCGAGCUGCUGCCCAUGGAAAUUGUUUAAUUCCUGCGGGAUGAGUCAUGAGGAGCCGGGAUUUCAAAGCAGCUUGGCUCCCAUAGUUUCAAUGUUCUGACUUGCUCUAAGAUGAAGGUAUGGAAGUUUGCAGCCAUUGCAUCGAUGCUCCUCAGUUCCAUGUUAUCCAUUUUAGUUUGUAGAGACAUGUUCAGCGGAAGCCGGGAAUUCAGCCCCUUGCCUUCCUCGCCGUCUUCCUCACGGGAUUCCUCCUCCUCCUCCUCCUCUUCCUCCUCCUCCUCCUCCUCCUCCUCCUCGCUGCCGGCGGCUCCGCGGAGAUCCCCACGGGCCCUGCAACGCCACGGCUCUCUGCUGGCCCAGUACAGCGCCUUGCUGGAGAGCUACACGGAGGGCGAGCUGCGGCAGCUGAUCUCGGCGCUGGUGGAGCGCUACCGCCAGGCCAUGAACUCGGGCGGGCACGAGCUGCCGCUGUUCCCGCGCGCCGGCAGCCGCAGGAAGCGCGCCCGCGCCCGCCACAAACCCUGCGAGCUGCGCGAGCUGGAGGUCAGCGUCAGCGAGCUGGGCCUGGGCUACGAGUCGGACGAGACGGUCCUGUUCCGCUACUGCAGCGGCACCUGCGAGGCCGCCGUGCGCAGCUACGACCUCUCCCUCAAGAGCAUGAGGAGCCGCAGAAAGAUCCGGAAGGAGAAGAUCCGCGCCCGGCCCUGCUGCAGGCCGCUGGCCUACGACGACGACGUGUCCUUCCUGGACGCCUACAACCGCUACUACACCGUCAACGAGCUGUCGGCCAAGGAGUGCGGCUGCGUGUGA